GGGGAGAGAAACUGAAUGCCGAGAUCCGCUGAAGAUUUAGAGUCGAAACGGAUCAUUAUGCGCCAUAAACCGUGUGUUCGCCUACUUUCUCGGGGUUUCGACAGCACACACACCCAUGCGAGCCGUUCACUAUAACGCGGACGCACGGAUUGUGAUACCCGGCUAAGCGUCUUAAGGCUUGGGACGAUGGCGAAAAAUAGCUUGCGCUGUGGAGAGAUGAGUGAAACCUGCUGAUAUUUGGGGUGAUCAAAUGCCCAUUUAAGCAUGGGGAAGCUACAGAGCAAGUUCCGGCGACGCUCAGACCUUUAUAAGGCCAAAGAAGGGGCAGAGCCUGCACCUGUGCACCAGGUAGUGCAAUACGAACCUGCUCACACAGAUGCCAUCAACUGUGUCGUCAGCCUGACCUCUGACCUCUGCGUGUCAGGAGGUCAUGACCAGGCUGUUGUCGUCUAUGACUGGAGAGCUGGGAGACUUUGUAAAUCAUUCCAGGGCCACAACAGAGAGAUUACAAAGUUGUGUUGUUUUAAAGGGAGUUCCCUGAUCUUCAGCGCAUCCCGAGAUAAGACUGUGCUGAUGUGGGAUUUGGGACGAGAUACAGAAGCCAUCCAGGAGUUCAGUGGCCAUGAGCUUGUCGUUAAUGGAGUAGCUGUUAGUCCAGAUGGAUCAAAGCUGUGCACGGGCUCUCGAGAUAACUCCAUGUGCCUCUGGGACAUUGAGUCUGGAGAAUGUAUGCAGAGAAACACCAUCUCACGUAACCUGGUGACCCAUGUGUGUUGGGUACCAGGAAGCACAUCUAUUGUCCAGACCUCAGAAGACAAAACUAUCAGGGUGUGGGACAGUCGCACCUGGCAGGUCACAAACACUUUUCCAGCGAAGCAGUACAUUCAGACCCACUGUGACGUCAGCGCUAACUGUUACCACCUGCUGUCCUCCAGCAACGGUUUCGGUGGUCAGGGCUGUGAGGCCACGCUGUGGGACCUCCGGCAGCCCGGUUGUAAGGUGGCCGAAUACAGAGGACACCUGCAGACCACAGCAUGUUGUGUGUUUGUGCCUCCCCGUCCUGGAUGUCCUGCCCUCGUGGCCUCAUCAUCUUAUGACAGCUCAGUGAAAAUAUGGGACCAGAACACUGCAGCUUGUUUGUACACUUUAACUCUGGACGGUUCGGGGCCGCUUGUUUCUCUGGCUCCGUGUGACUCCAGUAGUUUGCUGUGUGCUAGUUUUAACACAGGACUUCACCAGCUGCAUCUUGACCAGAGCGCAGUGCCCAGUCUCACUGAAGUGGCUCGCUUCUGACCUCCAAUCUAGAAAAAUCACACCCGCUUCUGACCUUCAUCUGCAGAAUAAUCCAACAUCUUCAAUGAACAGAACUCUCGGUAAUUACAGGAAAAACAGUAUAUGUUCUUAUUAAAGGGAUAAUCUCAUCCAGAAAUGAAGAUUUGUUCCGGUCAGGCCAAGAUGUAAGAUGAAUUUCUUUUAUUUGUUCAACGUUACAUCACUUGCUUUAUCAGUUGAAGCUCUGCAGUAAAUGUCCUGUAAAACAGCUGAUAAAAACAACAAAAUAAGUCACAACACAACUUGAGUCCACCACUUAAAGGGAACAUAGUUUACCUCUUUUUUAUGAUUUAAUAUUAAUAUUAUGGUUCUUCUGAGUGUGUCAGUUUAGGUUCAGUUCAAAACACAAUUCAGAUUUUUUUAUUAUAAUGUGGUAAUAAGUGUAAUGUUGGGGGCGUGUCCACAGUUCGCUGAUUUAUGGGCGUGUUGCUUCACAUGUAAAUUAGUUUCGGCUUCCUGCCAAUGUAACAAGGGGGCGGGGCCAUAAGCUCACCCGCUCUGCAUUUGCAACAGAGUCUGACAGGCAGACAGAGAAGGAGAGAGAGGAUCACCAUUCAGUCGUACAUGUACGACUCGGACACAGACCAAGCAGAGAGUACAAAAUCAUUUGUGUCUUUGUACAGUUUUACAACCAACUGUGUGAUAGUUUUAAGUGCCGAGCUUGUACACAGAAACUAAUAACCACGCACACUGAAUUAACUUUGACUGAGGCACCGGAUGCGUCGCUCGAAGCCACGACACGGCACACCAGACACUCUCUGUGGCGCACCAGAAGCAUGAAGUGUCCCGAAUCGUCGCGCCACGCAUUUUUGAAUUCUUAACAUAGGUUUCUGCAGCGGUCCGCGGCGCCCAGCCGUCGAGUUAAGUGUACCCUGAUAGAAACCUCUGUUUAGAAUUCUAAAAGGCAUGCUAGUUAAGAUCACAGGGAGCUUCUGGGAUCACGAGAAAUGCAAACGGCUGAAGUAUAAGGUAGACUCAAUGAGAAGUACACAUGUUUGCAAACCUACCUAAAGAUACAACCAAUAAUUCCGAUUAGAGCGAUAAUGUGGAGAGUAUUGCUCUUGUGUUGAGCCCAAUGAGCCUUACAUCUAAAAAUAGAGCUAGGGUGUUCCUUUAGUGAUAUCGCUUCGACUCACGCUGAAAAUGGCGGACGUGAAUUAACAAACUGAGGAUAUGAUGACGCGCCUGUCAUUCAAUAUUGGUGGGCGGGGGGACCGCACUCCUACGUGAAGUAGCGGUCGAUUUGAAAACAGCUCCAAUUGGUCCACCGUUUUUUAUGUUGUUAAAUUGAAAAAAAAAAGCACUGGGUGUGCUUAUAUCACCCCAAUGUGAUGGUCUAUACACCAUACAUGCACAUAUGUCUGUCCAAACAGCUUGAAAAGUAGAUUUUUUACCAUAGGUGCCCUUUAAAGUCAGGGGGCGCUAUAAUACACCCGGCGCCAUAAGGUGCAAGGCGUGUAUGGCAUGAUUUGUUGCUAUUUUCAUACGAACGCAGGUUUUUUUUUUAACACUUUGCACCAUGUUUUUUAAAUAGUAAAUCCAUUUGCGCCAUUUUUUAGGACUCAUGAGAGUGCCGGUCUAAAAAAGAGGUGUAUUAAGGCACAUUGUUGGCAUGUCGUUAUUUUGAGGAACUGAAAUAGACUGUGCCAUUGACCAACUAAAAGCUGGUCUAAAGUCCAGCGAAGAGUUUUUGUAAUUAAAAAAACGUGUUCGGUAUGUGCCUAUGCGGGUCUAAAUGCGUAAUACAAACGGGAUGUACAGCAACACACAAAUAUAUUUACAUAUGAAUAAAAUUAAAGGAUUAAAAUGUUACAACAAUUAUUAUUUUCUACAUAAAUAUAAAAACCUCUGCCUCCAUGCCUUCUUCAUCUCAGGGGGGCUUUUUUAGU